CUGGUGAUCAGUGUGCCCUGAUGAUCAGUGUAGCCCCAGCAGUGCCACCUGUCAGUGUCCAUCAGUGCCUUGUGUCAGUGCUCAUCAGUGCCUCGUGCCAGUGCCCAUCAAUGCCACAUAUCAGUGCCCAUCUGAGCUGCCUUUCAGUGUCAUCCAUCAGUGCCAGUCAUCAGUGCCACCUAUCAGUGCCAUAUAUCAGUGCCAUGUAUCAGUACUGCCUUUCAGUACCCAUCAGUGAUGCCUGUCAAUGCCCAUCAGUGCCUCCUCAUCAGUGCCUAUCAGUGACACCUAUCAGUGUCCAUCAGUGCAGCCUAUCAGUGCCCAUCACUGCAGCCUCAUUAGCGCACAUCAGUGAAAGAGAAAAAUCACUUAUUUACAAAAUUUUAUAA